CAAAGUGCAGUGGAGCAGCAGCUGGUCCUGCAGUGUGUCCUGCAGUGUGUCUCUGUGCUUUUUCGGCAGUUAAAUGAACUUAUAUGAGGAUAAAGUAAAAGCGACUUCCUCAGGAUGAUAUGACUUACAUAAUCUCAGUUUGUCAUUUUAUAGUUGUCGUUAUUUCUUUAUCUCUAAAUGUUAGCUAAACUAAGCAAGCUAGCUACCAUGCUAUUGCUACAGUGACUUUUCGUCCACAGGAAGAAGGGGAUACUCUCAGGGCAUCCUGAUGGCUUCAGUUUCUGCAGUUGAAAAAGCAACAUGGCGUGAAGGUGACCGUUGUCUGGCUCCUGACCCGAAAGACGGCACCCUUCGAGAAACCACUAUUCAGAGACUGACCUCUCAUAAUGGUGACACCAUAGCAUGGGUGGUCGUCAAAGACCCCAGUAAAGAUGAAGAAGAGGAGGAAGCUGUACCUGUCUCGAAACUCAUGAGACCAGGCUCAAAUCACUUCACCAAGGAGAAACCUGUGUUUCCCAGCAGCAGCACAGACCCCAGGCUAUGUGUCCCCUUAGAACUGAGUAAUGUCGAUGAAGACAGAGUCCCCUACACCAUCAACAGAUACUUGAGGGAUUACCAAAGAGAAGGUAUCAGGUUUAUUUACAACAACUACAUCCGCUCCAGAGGUUGCGUCUUGGGGGACGACAUGGGCUUGGGAAAAACUGUACAGGUCAUUGGUUUUCUUGCUGCAGUGUUGCACAAAACAGGCACAUGGGAGGAUAUCAAGAACAACAGGCCUCAGUUUCUGCAGAGUCAGAUGCCCUCCAAGCAAAGUAAACCCAACAAAGUGUUCCUCAUUGUGGCCCCACUGUCAGUGCUUUAUAACUGGAAAGAUGAACUGGACACAUGGGGUCACUUCCAGUGUGUGGUGGUCCACGGGCUGAGGAAAGAGGACGAGCUGGCUCGCAUCAAGAAGGGACGCAUUGAGAUUGCCCUCACUACCUACGAGACUCUGCGCCUUUGUCUGGAUCAGUUUAAUAUCAUAGACUGGUCUGCAGUGGUUGUGGAUGAGGCCCACAAGAUUAAAAAUCCAAAUUCUCAGAUCACCCAGGCCAUGAAGGACCUGAAAUGCAAGAUCAGGAUUGGCCUCACUGGCACCAUCUUACAGAACAACCUUGAGGAGCUGUGGUGUGUCAUGGACUGGGCCAUACCUGGUUGUCUUGGCAGCUUAGGACAUUUCAAGAACAAGUUUUCAGAUCCAAUUGAGCAAGGGCAGAGGCACAGUGCAACUAAACGUGCCCUAGCUACAGGGAGGAAGACUGUUAGAGCCCUGGUGAGGAAGAUUUCCCAGUGGUUCCUCAGAAGGACGAAAGCUCUCAUCAAGGAACAACUGCCUAAGAAGGACGACAGGGUGGUGUAUUGCUCUCUGACAGACUUUCAGCAGACUGUGUAUCAGGCAGUGCUGGACACUGACGAUGUGACGUUGCUGUUGAGGUCUUCAGAGAAAUGUGACUGUCAAAGUGGACGCACCCGCAGAAGCUGCUGCUAUAGAACAAACUCAGAAGGUGUGAAAAUGAAGGAGCUGUACUUUAGUUACUUGGCCAUAUUGAGGAAGGUUGCCAACCAUGUAGCCCUGCUUCAGACCACUGCAGGCACCAGCAAGAAACAGGAAAAGUAUGUGGGUGGCGUCUGUGCGAAGGUUUUCCAAAAGUUUCCCGACUUUGUGCAGAGAUGCAAAGGUGAAGCAUUUGAGGCCUUGUCGGACCCGAUGUACAGUGGAAAGAUGAAGGUUUUGCAGAAGCUCCUGUCAUAUUAUCUGCAAAAGAGAGAUAAAGUGCUGCUUUUUUCUCUCUCAACCAAGCUGUUGGAUGUGCUGGAGAGCUACUGCAUGGCAGAGGGGCUGGACUACAGCAGGUUGGACGGAACCACGAAAGCCAAAGAGAGAAUUCAGAUUGUCAAAGAGUUCAACAGCUCUUCUCACAUCAACAUCUGCCUGGUUUCUACCAUGGCGGGCGGUCUUGGUCUUAACUUUGUAGGGGCCAAUGUGGUAGUGCUAUUUGACCCCACAUGGAACCCAGCCAGUGACCUCCAAGCCAUUGACCGGGCAUACCGCAUUGGCCAGUGCAGGGAUGUGACUGUUCUUAGGCUGAUCUCACUGGGGACUGUUGAGGAGGUUAUCUACCUCAGACAAGUUUACAAACAGCAAUUGCAGUGCUCAGUUGUGGGCAAGGAGAGUGCACGCCGGUACUUCGAGGCAGUGCAAGGGCACGGUAUCUAUAAGGGAGAGCUGUUUGGGAUCAGAAACCUCUUCAGGCUGCAGAUCGAAGGGACAUGCCUCACCCGCAAGAUACUAGAGCGAGAAGGACAAGUGGAGUCCGGUGUAAUGACAACCAGCACUCACACAGGCGAAGAGAAGGAGGAGGCGGCGAAGGGAGUUAGCGAACCUGGAGAUGUUCUGCCUACAGAUGGCCCUGUAGCAAAUGAUGAACCAGCCAAGGAGUAUAGAGAUCCAUCAAAGGUCCCCAGAGGGGUGCUGGACUUCAGCAGUGGGAGUGAGGAGGAUGAGGAGGAGCGGGGGCUUAAGAGGAAGGUGCUAAACCCCGGUGCAGAGGACGGCAACAGGGGUGGGAAUUCUGCCACUGGUCCUGGUCGAAUGAGUCUCCUCCAAUACGGUUUCUCCAAACUCCUCGAAAGAGUCAAAGGAAAACCAGAGUUAGGAGAAGGGGACAGUAGCUCAGGUGUUGAAGAAGGCCCCUCGGAGGAAUAUGCUGAGGAUCAAAAGAGGGACGGUACCUCCUCUGCCAUCUGCAAGAGCUCCUUCACAGGAAAUGGUGUAGUCUGUCCCCAUAAAUUGGGAAUGAAAAUCUGGGAUGCCAGCAGUUCAGACAGAAAAGAUGGGGAGAACAGAAGUGGGGGGAGAGGAGGAAAUGUUUCUCUAGUUAAACAGAGUGAUGAGGCUAUAAGAGAGGGACAGUACCUGAAAGGGUGGACAAAUAAGAAAAUUACAGUGGAUGAAGAGAGUGAUGAAAAUCCCUCACCAGACAAAAAGAAUCCUAACAAGCUCAAAAUGACAGUUCCGAAAGCGCACCACUUUGAGGAUUAUUCAGAUGAAUCCGAGGAUUUGGACAUAGAGGCAUUGACGGGGCCCGAGAGGGUCGCUUUAAAUUCACACGUUAGACGAGGAGACAGAGAGAGAGGAAAGCUAGAUCGUGAGAGAAAGAAGCAAAGUGUUAGUGUCAGGGACAAAGCCAGAUCCAAAUACACAGAGAACAUAGAGAUAUUCACAUCUUCAGAAGAUGAACACACUCCUGUUAAGAAAGGAAGAUCUACAGGAUGUCACUUAACGUCUCCACUGACAGAAAGAUCCACAGUGGAGUUGCCAUCCCCAGCAUCCAAAGGAAAGGAUGGAACUAUCGACAUUGUGCUAGGGAACGUACAGGAAGUGGUGUAUACACACUCAAACCAGCGCGUGGUGGGUGGGAGCAAAGCAGAGGAGCUGAUCAGUAGAGCUGCUGUACGAGACGUGUUUGAACGCAAGAUGUACUCUCAGCUCCCGGCCAAUCACCUUCUCGGCACCCAGGAGAGCCUGUCAUUGAGCCAACCAGACAGUGAGCCAUGGCCUUCUGCUGUCACACGGGAGAAGCCCAGAGUGGACCAUCCAGUCAACUUCACCAGCACAAGUGUGCACCACACCCGACAUACCACCUUCAUCAUCGGAGAGACUCCCCAGGCUAUACAAAGGCAGCAGCUGGAGGAAAUGGCGGAAAAAUUUAAAUUUCCCACAGUCCAUCAGUUUGCAGUGGAGAUUCUGAGAAGGAACUCAACCCAGAGACUGGCCUGGCUACGACAGUAUUACACUUCACUGAACCAUCCUGACCUGGCUAAUACGGUCACAAACAGCUUCCCACAGGCUGACUCAGUACAGAUCUCUACCUCCUCUUCAACUGCUGCAUCCUCAACAUGCGCCACAAAAUCUCACGCAGAUACCAGAACCCCAGAAAAGGAUGUUCUAAAAGCCAAGAAGAAGCGUAAAUGCACUCGGAAGAAUCCAGAACCCAAAACGAAGCCUGAAGUCCCACAAAAUAAUAAUGUUUCUUUGCCACAGAAAAAGUCUAGAAUCCCACAAAAUCAUGUUCCAGAACCUGAGACAAAGCCUACAAAACCACAAAAUGAUGUUCUAGAACCAGAGAAACCUCUCAGAGAUGUUCCAAGCCUUGAGUCAGAGGAGCAGGAGGAGACAGUCUGGGGUGCCAGAGGACAUAAGAGGACAAAGAGGGGUAGUGUUUCUAGUUCUGGAGCCUUCAGAGCUGGUGGUGGUCUUGGCUUGGAUCAGGCCGGCAGCAGUGGUCUGGGGUCUGGGGAGGCUGCUGCUUUUCUGAGUCGCACAGACAGAGAUACUCCUUCUUCUCGGGCCCUCAGCCAUAGCAGGUCCACCAUAUUAUCCAAACCCACAGCACAGGGAUGGGAGCAAGAGCAAAACUUGUCUUGUAGGACCAGCGAAACUUCUCAAGGCCUCGGAGGAAAACCUCAGACCCCUUCCCCUCCUGAGCCGGCCACAUCUACCUCCAAUCACAGUUCCUUCCUCACAGACCUGAUAGGAGACACCUCAAUCCUCGACGAUUUGUUAAAACCCAAAUCCAGGGGUGGACAACAAAGGAUCGCCCCAAAAACACCUCCUGCCCUCUCCUCUGUGUCAAUAAGCACAUAUCUCACCACACCCUGUCCAUCCGGAAUCACCCUCAGUACUGAUUCAGGUUCAGCAGGCCGCAUAGACUUUCUGUCCUCUCCAAAGUCAAGCACAGCCCCUACACACGAGGCGGUAUCCAAGGGCAGUCGCAAAGACUUCUGGGACCUCCUGAAUGAGGGUAAUGAGGAGAGUAUCAACAGGUUAACGGACCCGGCAGAAGUGCAGAGGGUUUGCAUCAACACUAACUUAGCAGCAAGAAGUAGGUCUGCAGAGGAGAAGAGUAAGAGUCUCUGGAAGACUAAUGAAAAGUUCCUGUGGAAGAAAUAACACGUGAGAGACAAUUAGAUAGUGUUCAAAUAUUAUUUUACACUAUUUUACACGUUUUACUUUUGCAGUUCUAAAAGGAGAUAAAAAAAUGGAAACCCUAAUGAAUAUUUAAAGCAGGCUUUCCUACUUCAGAUUUUCUUAACAGACUUUUAUUUUAUCAUUUUAAAGUGUCAAAUCAUUUGUACCUUUUAACAAUUAUUUUUACUAUUAACUGUGAUUAUUUGAAAAUAUUCAGUGUUCACUAAUUUGUUUAUUAAAUUAGUGCGUUGCUAGCAUAAUGCUGACUGUUCACUCUGGGAAUUUAUAUUUUAUUAUUAUAUAUUAAAUUUUACCUACCACACACAACCUCGGAUGAGCGGUCUAAUGUGCCAUCACAGAGGCAUUUACUCAUAAAAGAGUGAAAAAAUGUUGCCUAAUUUGCUAAAUGUGGUAAUACAGGGCUGCAACUAACCAGUAUUUUCAUUAGCGAUUAAUUGUUGGUCUGUAAAAGGUCAGAGAAUAGUCAUGGCCCUGUCUGACCAACAGUUCAAAACCCAAAGACAUUCCGUUUACAAUAAUACAAAUGAAAUAAAUUUGUUAAAAUAUUAAUUGCAACAAGUCAAAUAAACUAUAUAUAAAUGUGA